AUGUCUACGCCACAGGUCAAGCGAUAUGUCAUUGUUGGCAUGGGCGUACGCUCUGCCUUCUACUACCAAAGCAUUAUCAAGGACUUUCCCGAGGCUGCCACACUCGUCGGAAUCUGUGAUACAAACCAGACCCGUAUGAACGCCGCCAAUGACCGCAUCGUCGAGAUUGGAGGCCAGCCGCAGCCCACGUACAAGGCUGAAGAUUUCGACAAGAUGGUCGCAGAACAAAAGCCCGACGUUGUCAUCGUCACCACCAUCGAUCUCUAUCACCACGUUUACUGCAUCCGAGCCAUGGAAUUGGGCUGCGAUGCCAUCACCGAGAAGCCCAUGACCAUCGACGAGGAGAAGCUGCAGGCCAUGAUUGAUGCUGAGAAGCGGACUGGUAAGCAGGUCCGCGUCCUCUUCAAUUAUCGCUACGCACCUCACCAUACCAAGGUCCGUGAGCUGAUAGCAUCCGGGGUCAUUGGAGAGAUCUCAACUGUUCACAUGGACUGGAUCCUCGACUGCGCGCACGGCUCCGACUUCAUGCGGCGCUGGCACCGGAACAAGGAGACCAGCGGGGGCAUCCAGAUGCACAAAUCCAUCCACCACUUUGAUCUUGUCCAUUUCUGGCUGAACACCGAACCCGAGCUGGUGUACUGCCUGGGAGAUUUACGAUUCUACGGAAAGGAAAACGCGGAGAGGCGUGGGGAGACCAAUCUGGGAGAGCGGUAUCUCAACAAUGAGGCAGCUAAGGCCGACCCGUUCGCGAUACACAUCGACAAGAAUGCGCAGCUGAAGAAGCUUUAUCUUGAGGCUGAGCAUGAGGACGGGUAUAUCCGCGACAGAAACUGCUUUGCUGAGGGCAUCACCAUUGAAGAUAAUCUGUCCAUGAUUAUCAAAUACAAGAACCGCGCAGUCAUGACGUACAACACCUACGCGUAUGCACCCUGGGAGGGUUACCGCUGUGUGUUCAACGGGAGCAAGGGACGAAUCGAGAUUAAUGUCGUUGAAGGGGGAUACUCUGCAGGAGGUGAGACGGUCACAAACAAAGGUAUUGGAGACCUGGAGAAGAACUAUAUCCAGGGUGGCGUUGAGCAGACCAAGAUUGUUGUCUAUCCUUUGUGGGAUGAGCCUUAUGUGGUAGAUAUUGUCAAGCAGGAAGGCGGCCAUGGAGGAGGGGAUCCCGUGUUGCUUCAGGACGUCCUGGUUGGCGAUCGGAGUGACAGCUUCAAGCGAGCUGCUUAUAUACGGGAUGGAGGAAAUGCGGUCUUGGUUGGCGUGGGCGCGAACAAGUCGAUGAAAACAGGGCUGCCGAUCAAGGUUCAGGAACUUGUUAAGUGGUAG